UACACAGUGUCAAAAAUUUCGACAUACAGCUUAAUUAAACAAAACUACAUAUAGAUAUUUACGAUUUUACGUAGAAUUCUUUUUGAAAAAUCGUCAUCACAUACAUUGAAAUGAACGACAGAACUAUUAAAUUGUUGAUUAUUGGAGAAAGUGGAGUUGGAAAGUCAAGCCUCAUUCGUCGAUUUGUUGAAGAUAAAUUUGAUGACAAUCACGAUGUAACUAUUGGCAUGGAUUUCAAAAGCAAAGUUAUAAAUAUUGAUGGCCUUGAGUAUAAAUUAGCACUUUGGGAUACUGCAGGUGCUGAAAGAUUCCGAAGUCUCACUCCCAGCUUUUAUAGAAAGGCGUUGGGAGCUGUAUUAGUGUAUGACAUCACUAACCGCGAAUCAUUAACCAAAUUAGAAGCGUGGCUUGCAGAGCUUGAAAAUUAUAGUGACAAUCCAAACAUAGCUACUAUAGUAGUAGGAAAUAAAGUCGAUAAAGAACGUGUUAUUAGCCGUGAAGAAGGUUUGAAAUUCGCUCGAAAACAUAGAGCUCUUUUUCUUGAGGCGUCCGCAAAGGGUGAUAAAUUUGUUGCAGACGUUUUUAAAGAAAUAGUUGAAAAGAUUGUGUCAUCGGACUAUUAUAAUUUUUCUCAAAAUGGAGGUACAGUUGACGUAAGUGCCGAGGAAGAGACGGGUGCAUCAAACUGCAGAUGUUGAUAUUUGUUUACAAUACACACUGUAUGUAAUUUUGUAAAAACAAUAUAUAUGUAAGUCAAGUAAUCAUCUAUU